GAGAGCCGUUUCGAUUCUUCUUCAUCGCCAAAACGCCACUCUCGUUUUCUCUCUCACUCCGUCGUUCACUUCUAAAGAAUCUCCGUUAUAUAACGCCGUUACUAAAUCUGCGUUUUGGUUUCUUCUCCGUUCGAAUUUCGAAUAGAUCGCUGUUUAUGGCUAGGACUCAGGUGCACUUGAGUUAGCAUCUUCUUUUGACAUCAAUGAAGAAGCUCUUCUUCUUUAGAUCUUCGUCUGGUAAUGGAACUGACAAACAGGCUCCCUGCGACAAAGCAGCAGAGAGCAAGAUGAGAGCCCAAGCUAGUAAUCAGACUGACCAAGAGUUCGAUUGUGAGGCUUCUGGUGGUCCAUCUCUUAGACGAAGCCUUUCCUUGUCCUCUGCAGGUUUCAAGUUUGAAGAAACUUCCACCAAUGAGCUUAGCCAGGAUAGGCGGCGGAAUCAUUCAUCUCGAUGCUUUACUCCAGAAAGACAAGUUAGAGAGAGGCUGUUUGAAGUCCAGCAAGAUUCAUCUGGGAGUUCAUCAACUUGUUCUAGUAAUCUCUCUAGUAAAGUUCUGGACCGUUAUAUCGAUGGAGAAGAGCAUUUAGAACAGUGCAAGCAAAAGAGUACUUCUUCACGCAGUGAUGUCUCUAGCAGCAUUAACCGAAGGAAGCUUCCACCUCGAGUCCACUGUACAUCUCCAUCAAACAAUCUCAAUGACAAAAGGAAGUCACAUUCAUUCAGAGAAGCUAAAGGACCCCGCCAUCGUUUAUCUUCCACUGAUCGUCGUGUGGACAAUGGAUCCAGGCAUGGAUCGCCUCGCUCGCUUGCAAGAAAUGUCAUUGAAAGACUCUCUGAGACUCAUGGCAAGUCAAAUCAUGAACCCAUCACUAUUCAAGAUGUCUACGGUGGAUCCCGUUUUGACUCGAGCUCAGAUGUCACUGCUCAUCGUUAUGAACCUGUGAAGGAAUAUUACGCGCAUGGCUAUGGAAAGCACCUGCAAAAUCAUAGACAUGGUAUGGAAGAGGAUGUUAACUCAGAGCUGGAAAUGAAAGUUAAAGAAGCUGAGAAGAGAGUGAAACUGUUUUCUGAAGAAAUGGAGCAGCAGAGAUGCCUUUCUGACUGUGAUUUUGACGUCUCAUCUUUGGUUGGGGCGAUUAGAAAACUCGAAGAUGAGAGGCUCAGCUUGGCAUUUGAGAAUGUAAAUCUUUUGCGCUCCCAAAUGGCUGAGAGGGCUUCUUCCAGGGAAGAAAUAAGACUGGUGAAGUCAGAUUGGGAGUUGAACAUACAUAGAAUAGAGAAAGAGAGGAGCGAGUUGCAGGCUGGAUUGGAGAAAGAGCUUGAUAGAAGGUCAGGCGAGUGGACUUCAAAGCUUGAGAAAUUCCAGCUUGAAGAGAGGAAGAUGCUAGAGCGUGUCAGAGAGCUUGCUGAGCAGAAUGUCUCACUUCAGAGAGAGCUAUCGUCUUUCCAUGAAAACGAGACAGAGAACAAAGGCAUGAUAACACAUUUGGAGAGAAGAGUUGCAGAGCUGACCACGGCAGCAGAUGAAGUGCGUGAUGAGAACUCGUAUCUUAAGCAAACUCUCUCCCAGAUAAAAGAGAGUUACGCAGGUGCUACAGAAGAUAUUGAUUUCUUAAGAAGGAACUUUGAAGAGAAGGAUCAAGAAUGCAAGGAGUUGCAGAAAUCUGUUGCAAAGUUUCUGAGAACCUGCAAAGAACAAGAGAAGACAAUCGAGGGUCUUCGAGAUGGGGUCUCUGAGGAGAGUAAAAAGCAACCUUCAGAGAAGUUGGACCAGCUGGUGAAGAAAUUGCAGGUGGAGCAAAUAAGGUUGACAGGGAUCGAGCUUUCACUUAGAAAGGAGGUUGAAGCAAUGAAGCUUGAAACUGACUCUCUUCGCCAAGAGAAUGUCUGUCUGCUGAAUCGAUUGAAAGGAAAUGGCGAAGAGAUAGAGGUUACAACGCUUAAGCUAGAGAAUGAGUUGAAGAUGCGUAUAUGCUACUUGCAAGACCAAGGACUGCCAAUGCUAAACGAGAGCAACCACCUGUGUUACAAGUUACUGAAGUUCAUCAAAGGGAAGCUAACUCAGUUUCCAGAAACCUCUCAGUCUCAGGAUACGGGUUCAGUGAAAGAUGGACUAAGCGAGCAGUUUAUGAUUGAAUCUGAAAUGAAAGUCCAUGGAAUAAGGCGUGGAACUGAAAACCUGAAGAGGAGUUUGCAAACAGUAACCAGUGUGGUGGCUUCAAAUUCUGAAUCAUCUUGUUCAAGUACUGGUAGGCCUAAGGAACAAAGAAACCAAUCAGUUGAAGAAAACCUUCGAGCAGAACUGAGAGCUGAGACCCUAAUCACAAGUUUAUUACGGGAGAAACUGUACUCCAAGGAACAAGAAAUUGAACAGCUGCAAGCAGAAGUAGCAGCAGCAGUACGAGGCAAUGAGAUUCUGAGAUGCGAGGUUCAAAACACUUUAGAUAACCUAUCAGUGAAGACUCACGAUGUAAAGGACCUCAAGCUCCAGAUGUUGAAGAAAGAAGAAAACAUAAACCGGCUUGAGUUAAAUCUCCAGGAAGCCGCGAAAGACAUAACGAGCUUGAAAACAGUGUUGCCAAAAGUUUCUGAUGAAAGGGACCAAAUAUGGAGGGAGUUAAGACAAUGCUGUGAGAAGAACAUGCUGAUGAGCUCAGAGAACGAGACGUUGAGAGAGACUAUAGAUAGAUUGGAGGAGAGAGUGUUAGAGAAAGAAGGAGAGAUCACAAUACUGCAAGACACAAUAGGAAGCAAGCGUCUCAACAUCUUCUCAAGUCCUGAUUUCUAGUAUUACUUUUCUCUUGUGUUCAGGGAUUUUCUUUUUUUCUUUAGGCUUCUAUCAUCAUUUUCGAUGAUUAGUCAUUCUUUGGGGUUUAUUCAUAUAUGAUUUGUUCUUUUUUUUUUGCUUUUGCUUUGUUCUUUUGGAUUUGCAUAUCUCAAAGAUACAAGAACCGAAGCCAGUGAAAUAUUAUAUCAAAGAUUUGUUUUUCUUUUA